AUGCCGGCGGGGCUCUCCUGGCCCGCGGCGGCGGCUCUGGUGCUGCUGGUCCUGGCGCUGCUGCUCGCCCUGUGCCGGCACCUGUGGGCGCUGCGCUGGAGCCUCAGCAGGGACCGCGCCAGCGCCCUGCCCCUGCCCAAGGGCUCCAUGGGCUGGCCCUUCUUCGGGGAGACCCUGCACUGGCUGCUCCAGGGCUCCCGCUUCCACAGCUCCCGGCGGGAGCGGUACGGCAACGUUUUCAAGACCCACCUGCUGGGCCGUCCGGUGGUCCGGGUGACGGGCGCCGAGAACAUCCGCAAGAUCCUGCUGGGCGAGCACACGCUGGUCAGUGCGCAGUGGCCCCAGAGCACCCAGAUCAUCCUGGGCUCCCACACCCUGCUCGGCUCCAUCGGCGACCUGCACCGCCAGCGCCGCAAGAUCCUGGCCAGAGUGUUCUGCCGUGCCGCCCUGGAGAGCUACCUGCCGCGGAUCCAGAAGGUUGUGAGCUGGGAGCUGCGGGGCUGGUGCAUGGAGCCGGGCUCCAUCGCAGUUUAUUCCUCCGCUAAAACCUUAACUUUCCGCAUUGCAGCUCGGAUUCUGCUGGGACUCCGCCUGGAGGAAAAGCAGUUCAAGGACCUGGCCAAAACUUUUGAACAGCUGGUGGAGAACCUCUUCUCCCUGCCCCUCAACAUACCCUUCAGCGGGCUGCGCAAGGGAAUCAAAGCACGGGACAUGCUACAUGAGUUCAUGGAGAAGGCUAUACAGGAAAAACUGCAGAGAACCAACUCAGAAGACCAUAGCGAUGCUCUGGAUUUCAUAAUAAACAGUGCCAAGGAGCAUGGCAAAGAAUUCACCAUGCAGGAGCUGAAGGAAUCAGCCAUUGAGCUCAUAUUUGCUGCUUUUUUCACCACGGCCAGUGCCAGCACCUCUCUCAUCCUCCUGCUACUAAAGCACCCCUCAGCGAUCAAAAAAAUCAGGCAGGAGCUGAUGUCCCACGAGCUGUACCCACAGUGCCAGUGCUGCCCUGCGGGACCCAGCCCGGACACCUUGCCCAUGCAAGGCAGGGACAGCAAGAAGCAGCUCCCCGCCGUGGCCAGAGAUGCUCUUGAGGACCAGAGCCAGCCCCCGAGCCCCCCGGAGGAGGCAGAGCCCAGCGGUGGCCUCUCCCCACAGCCCCCAGCCCCACUGGAGCCCACACACCCCCAGAGCAGUCCCCAGCCCCAGGCCUGUCACUGCCCCUCAGACAUCAGCCUGGAGAAGCUGGGCCGCCUGCGCUACCUGGACUGUGUGAUCAAGGAGGUGCUGCGGGUGCUGCCCCCUGUCUCUGGAGGCUACAGGACGGCGCUGCAGACUUUCGAGCUGGAUGGCUACCAGAUCCCCAAGGGCUGGAGUGUGAUGUACAGCAUCCGUGACACGCAUGAGACAGCCGCCGUCUACCAGAGCCCCCCUGGUGGCUUCGACCCUGACCGCUUCAGUGCUGCCCAGCCAGAGGCUGUCAGCCGCUUCCACUACAUCCCCUUUGGCGGCGGGGCGCGGAGCUGCAUUGGCAAGGAGCUGGCGCAGGCCAUCCUCAAGCUGCUGGCCAUCGAGCUGGUCACCACGGCCCGCUGGGAGCUGGCCACCCCCGCCUACCCCGCCAUGCAGACCGUGCCCAUCGUGCAUCCCGUGGAUGGGCUGCAGCUCUACUUCCACCCCUUGCGGCCCAGCCGCGGCAGUGAGGCCUAA